UGGGUCUGUAUUGCUCCCAGCUGAUAGCAGUUUACACGCUAAUCAUGUCCGCAUAUAUACCGUGCGCUUCCCAGCACACAACGCGGAGGAUUAAUAAGUCAUAAGUAGUAAGUAAAUGUUUUGCGUAUUCAUAGUCACGGUUCAUGUUAGAGUUAGUUUAGUUUGCGUCAUAGUCAAAGUCAGUUCGCGCUGGAUUCUCCGCUUCCAGUCCCUCGUUCUAGUUCAUGUCUUGUUUUGGUUAUCGACCUAGAUUCCUGCCUAGCUCCGUGUAUGCCUGUUUGCCAAUCGCCUGACCUCUUGCAUGUUUAUGGAUUACGUUUUGGAUCACGUUUAGGAUUUGUCUGCCUGCCUGUCUCUUUAAAUAAACAACUGUUAUCCUGCACUUGCAUCCGCCUUAUCUCUGCUUCGUAUCUCUGCUACGAUUUAUGACAGAAUCUUCCGCCGAAACAUGGAUGCAGCAGGAGAACGGAGGAGACGCAGAACCAGGAAGUCGACGCCCACCAUCCCUGCUAUGGACUCAGUCCACUUCCCACAAUGGACAAUUAUGGAGCUUCCUGAUCCAUUUGACGGAUUUUUCGGUGCCCCAGAGUAUUUCCUGGUAGAUUGUCAAUUCUAUUUCUCCAGCCUGUCAGACCCUAAGCCAGAGGAGAAGCACUGGCUCCGAUUCAUGUGGUCCCGGUUCUUUGGACCGGCCCGUCAAUGGGUGCAGCUCAAACUGGAUAAGCAUUGUAGGAACCUGGACAGUGUAGAACAGUUUGUGGGGGAAUUCAUGAUGCGAUUCGGGAGUCCGGAGGCAAAGGAGGAGCUAGAACAACUUCUCAGGGGGGGAAGUCUGGAAGGUGAACCUGCCCUGCCGUUUACCCACUACUACAGGCAACUUCAUGCAGAGAGCAACUCUGAAAACCAAGUCAAGUCUCAAGUCCCUGAGAUCCAUGUCAAGCCUCCAGUCUCUAUUGUCCAAGCCAAGCCUCCAGGCCCUGAAGCCCAAGCCAAGCCUCCAGGCCCUGAAGCCCAAGCCAAGCCUCCAGGCCCUGAAGCCCAAGCCAAGCCUCCAGGCUCUGAAGCCCAAGCCAAGCCUCCAGGCUCUGAAGCCCAAGCCAAGCCUCCAGGCUCUGACGCCCAAGCCAAGCCUCCAGGCUCUGACGCCCAAGCCAAGCCUCCAGGCUCUGACGCCCAAGCCAAGCCUCCAGGCUCUGAAGCCCAAGCCAAGCCUCCAGGCUCUGACGCCCAAGCCAAGCCUCACGUCCCUGAGCUCACGUUCAAGCCUGCUGAUCCAGUUUCCCAAGCUCUGCUAAUAUCUCAGCCUAAUGACCAAAUGCUGCUCACGCCCAAGUCUACCGACCCGGUCACCCAAGUUCAGCCCACUGACACGCACAGCCAAGUUCCGCUCACGCCCCGGUCCGCCGACAGGCCCAGCCGGGCUCCGCUCACGCCCCGGUCCGCCGACAGGCCCAGCCGGGCUCCGCUUACGCCCCGGUCCGCCAACACGCCCAGCCCAGAAUUCACGUGGGUCUGUAUUGCUCCCAGCUGAAAGCAGUUUACACGCUAAUCAUGUCCGCAUAUAUACCGUGCGCUUCCCAGCACAAAACGCGGAGGAUUAAUAAGUCGUAAGUAGUAAGUAAACGUUUAGCGUAUUCAUAGUCACGGUUCAUGUUAGAGUUUGUUUAGUUUGCGUCAUAGUCAUAGUCAGUUCGCGCUGGAUUCUCCGCUUCCAGUCCCUCGUUCUAGUUCAUGUCUUGUUUUGGUUAUCGACCUAGAUUCCUGCCUAGCUCCGUGUAUGCCUGUUUGCCAAUCGCCUGACCUCUUGCAUGUUUAUGGAUUACGUUUUGGAUCACGUUUAGGAUUUGUCUGCUUGCCUGUCUCUUUAAAUAAACAACUGUUAUCCUGCACUUGCAUCCGCCUUACCUCUGCUACGAUUUGUGACAUGAAUAAGUUAAGAAAUCUUAAUUUAAUCUUCAGAAUUUAGUUAAUGUUAAUUUGAGUAAUGUGUUUUCUGUUUAUGAGAACAGUUACGGUGAAACAACUUGUUGAAAUGGAGAGAAUAAAGUUUUUUAUUUGCAUUUCUUUCAGAAUUGUGGAAUAAAUUAUUAUUAAUAUAAUAAAAGGUAUAAAAGGCAGAACCACCAAAUUAUCUGUGUCUGCCGAUAUCACUAUGAAUAAUCGGUUAUCGGUAUCGGCUGAGAAAUACAUCGGUGCAUCUCUCAUACAUACAUACAUACAUACAUACAUACGUGUGUAUUUCUUUGUAAAUUGGAAGACAGAAGGUUUCUGUUGACUUCUGAAUUCAUUCUGCUGCUAGCUUCAUGAGCUACAUCAUCAAUAAAGAUUAGUCAGCUCUUUCCAAAAGCAGCCAAGCAAGCCCAAGCCAUAACACUACCUCCAUCUUGCUUGACCGAUGAGCUGGUAGGUUUUGGAUCAUGAGCAGGUACUUUCUCCACAAUUUGGUCUUUACAUCACUUUUGUAGAGGCUUUAUAACAUUUUUGGCUCAUAUCUAUUUCUCUACAAAUUCCAAUCUGGCAUUCCCAUUCUUACUGAUGAGCGGUUUGCAUUUUGUGGUAUGGCCUCUAUAGGUUUCUGCUCUCAAGAGUCUUUUUCGAAUGGUGCUUUUUGAUACAGACACCUAUAUCCUGUGGAGGUUGUUGUUGAGAUCACUGAAAGUUGUUUUUCAGGUUUUCUUCAUAGCUCUCACAAUGUUUGUUAUCAACUCCUGUGGUUUUCCUUGGCGGACAUGUUUGAUGCCAGUACACCAGUGGUUUGGAAAUUAAAGCUGAAAUUCUGAUCUAUUCUCAUUCAUUUUUUGAUCUCAAACACAAAUGUCUUCAGUGUAUAGCAAUAAUAAAAGAAUUGGGCUUGCUUUUCCAAUAUUUGGGCAGUGGUGGCUUGAUGGUUAAGGCUCUGGGUUACUGAUCGGAAGGUCGGAGGUUCAAGCCCCAGCACUGCCAAGCUACCACUGUUGGGCCCUUGAGCAAGGCUCUUAACCCUCACUGCUCCAGGGGUGCUGUUCCAUGGCUGACCCUGCGCUCUGACCCCAGCUUCCUAACAUGCUGGGGUAUGCAAAGAAAAGAAUUUCACUGUGCAUAUGUAUAUGUGAUCAGUAAAGACUCAUUAUAAUUAUUAUUUUCAGAGGAGACUGCAUGCAUGUAAUAUCAUGGAAAAAGAAAGUACAUCUUCCAUCAAUUCUAUGUUUUUAUUUUACCAGGGCCAAAAUAACAAUUGUGUGGUCCACAACAACUUUACAAAUAACCAACCUCUGGUGACAACUAGAGGAAGUCAUUUCUUCCCAAACAGUAAACCAACAUUCAGCAGUGUUUCCUGUUAAUUACCUAGACAGUGGCGGCCCACCACAGUUUAAUUUGUCCCACCACGGUUUCAUAAUGAACCAAAAGCAUUUUUACACGUCUCAUAAAGAUCUCCGUUUUGCAAUGUUGCUUCGGCAAAGCAUCUCUUACUCCAAGUCAGUCAGACCACUAUCCUUACAACCAUGUAUACAGCCAAUGAUUUAUCUGGGGGCUCACAAUUAUUUAUGAAGAGUGUUACUACAUGAAUGAUUAUCGAUAUGAUGAUAUCAACAGGAUGGAUCACUAUCUGUUAACAACCUAAGAAUGCAACGGCUAGCUAGUAAACUGGUAGAACACUUCAUCUUUAUUAACAACUGGUAAAGAUAACAUGUACUACAUUAUACCAUGUAGCAUGUUGCAAGGGUAUCAAUGGAAAACUGACAUCAAAUAAAAAAAGACUUGCAUGAAGAGGGUCUGUUGAGAGUCCACGCCCGAGAGCAUCAAUAACACACUCACAAGCAUGCUCCUGGACCCCCCUAAAGGGUCAGGGGUCCAACCACCACAGUUUCAUAAAAUCCAGUGGGGAAACACUAUUCAGAAUCCAGGUGGGAAGAAAUAAGUACACCCUUCCCUCUGACUUUCACAAUCAUUAAAAGAGUAAUUAGCAGCCGGUGUUAUUAAUGAAAUGCACAAGAUUAGUUAAUCAUCAAGAAGUAUGACUACCUCUAUAAAAACAGAUCUGCACAACCGCAAAUUGAUAUCUCAAUGACUAAAGAAGAAAAAAAACCUGUUGGUGUUGGAAUGGCCAAGUCAAAGUCCAGAUCUCAACCCCACUGAGAUGCUAUCACAAAAUCUAAAAAGA